GACUGCUGAGGGAGAGAGACAGAGCGCUACUCGCGUACGUUCCCAACUCACCAUCCAAACCGCGCCGCCAAGCAGUUUCGUCGGCGCUAGCGCAGACUCUCUCCUCUUUCGUGUCCCGUCGUCGCGGCGUUCGCCUCUCGUAUAACGUGUCUCGUGUCGUCGUGUCUCGCCGCGGUACUUCAGUAGCCACCGUGAGAGUCUCGAAGCGAGCGUCAGCACAGCAGCAGCAGAAGCCCAGCACAGCCCAUCACAGCAACAAUAUGUCACGCGACUCCUAGACACCAUCCUCCAAUUUUCCAACUGAUAACUGCACGAACCGGAUAAGUAAGCUAGGGUAGAGCGGAGCAUCGCUACCUACGACCAGCAGCCGCAGCGGAGCAUAAUAUAUAUAGACCACGUUCACGUCCAACGCAGCAGCAGCAACAUGAGCACGCCGAAGCAGCAACAGCAGCAGGAGCAGCAGCAGGCGGCCCAGGCGCCACCCCCCAAGCCCUGCUACGGCAUCGUCAAGCAGAUCAACUCGGGAGAUUCUAUCACAAUCCGAGGACAGCCCAAAGGAGGUCCUCCACCUGAGAAGACUCUGAUUCUGUCCAAUGUCAUCGCUCCAAGAUUGGGCCGCAGGCAGGUCAACCAAAAAGAUGAAACAAAGGACGAGCCAUACGCAUGGGAGGCUAGAGAAUUCUUGAGAAAGAAGUUGAUUGGACAAGAAGUCUGUUUUAUUGAGGAAAAAUCUAACAACAACAACAGAAUCUAUGGACGAGUGUGGCUUGGCAAAGAUCAAACCGGACCAAAUGUGACUGAGCUGCUAGUGUCUGAGGGUCUGGUGACCGUGAAGCGCGACACCCGCAUCUCCUCGCCGGAGCUGACGAAGCUACAAGAGCUCGAAGACCAAGCUAAAAAUGCUGGCAAGGGUAAAUGGUCGUCCGAGGACAAGUCUCUGCAUGUGCGCGAUGUCAAGUACACCGUGGAGACCACCAUGAGUCUAGUAGACAAGUACGGAGGCAAGCCUGUCAAAGCCGUGAUUGAACAUGUGAGGGACGGCUCGACGGUCAAGGCCCUGCUUUUGCCCGACUACUAUCACAUCACCUUGGCUAUCUCGGGUAUCCGCUGCCCUGGCUUUAAACAGGACGGAGCUGAGCCCUUCGCCGAUCAGGCCAAGUACUUCGUUGAGUCGCGCCUUCUUCAGAGAGAUGUCGAAGUUAUUCUUGAGUCUGCCAACAAUACCCAAUUUGUCGGAAGCAUCCUUCACCCGAAAGGAAAUAUCGCUGAGGCUCUGUUGAAUGAAGGAUUCGCUCGUUGCGUUGACUGGUCGAUGAACCACGUGAAAAAUGACAAGCAUAAGCUUUACUUAGCCGAGAAAGCUGCAAAGGACAAGCGUCUGCACCUGUGGAAGGAUUACGUGCCUGCGAAACCAUCCGAGGAACUGACUGGCACUGUUGUCGAAAUUGCUAGUGCCGACGCCAUAAUCGUGCGCAUGGCCAACGGCGAGACAAAGAAGGUCUUCCUCAGCAGUAUUAGGCCACCACCACGCGAAAAGCGUCCACUUGGCGAAGAUGGAAAACCACCAGCGCGUGCCAAGGAUUUCAGGCCACUCUAUGAUAUCCCAUGGAUGUUUGAGGCCAGAGAAUUCCUUAGGAAAAAGCUCAUUGGUAAGCCGGUCAAGGUUGUCGUCGACUACGUCCAGCCUGCCAGGGAUAACUAUCCCGAAAAGACGUGCUGCACUGUGACCGUAGGAAAAGUUAACAUCGCCGAAGCUAUGGUUUCAAAGGGCUUCGCAACUGUGGUCCGUUACCGCCAGAACGAUGAUCAGCGGUCGUCAUUGUACAACGACCUGCUUGUCGCUGAAUCGAAGGCUGAGAAGUCCGGCAAUGGUCUGCACGCCAAGAAAGAUGUACCGCUGCAGCGCAUUCGCGACGUCUCGACAGACCCUGCUGCUGCCAAGUCACAUCUGCAGUCGCUUAAGCGCGCCCGCGAGAUGAAGGCCGUAGUAGAGUUCGUUACUAGCGGUUCAAGGCUCAAGCUCUUUGUACCUAAAGAGUAUUGCCUGAUUACCUUCCUGCUCGCUGGUGUCAAGUGCCCGCGUGCCGCCCGUAUUACCCCCGGAACCGGUGGUAUGGAGGCUGAGCCCUACGGCGAGGAAGCUCUCGCCUUCACCAGGAAAUUCUGCUUCCAAAAGGACGUUGAUGUCCAGGUUGAGAACAUGGAAUCUAAAGGCAGCGGAUUCAUCGGUUGGCUUUUCAUCGACGGUGUCAACCUGUCGGUUGCUCUUGUUGAGGAGGGUCUUGCUGAGGUUUCCAACUUUAUUGAGCAAGGAGAACACCUGAAGGCUCUUAAGGCUGCUGAGGAACGCGCCAAAGCGAAGAAAGCAGGCAUCUGGAAAGACCGUGUUGAGGUCGAAGUUGAGCCUGAAGAGAAACGCGAAGAGGAGCGUGCACCGGCUGAACGCAAGAUUGACUACCAGGAAGUCGUUGUAUCGGAGGUCACUGACGAGCUGCACGUUUACACGCAAAAAGUCGACCAAAAGGCCGCUCUUGAAAGUCUUUUGUCGCGUCUGCGUCAAGAGAUUGAUGCCAACCCACCUCUAGCUGGCGCCUACACGCCAAAGAAGGGCGACCUUGCCAUUGCUAAGUUCACUGAGGAUGACGAAUGGUACCGUGUAAAGGUCGAAAAGGUCGCUGGUACUAACGUCUCCGUAUUCUAUAUCGACUACGGAAACCGAGAGGUCAUCACCUCAACGAGAGUUGCUGCAAUGCCUGCUGGAUUUGCCGGAGAAAAACCUUUUGCCACUGAAAAUACGUUGGCCAUCGUUGCUCUACCGAAGGACGAGGACGACAAGAAAGCUGCCAUCCAGGCUUUCAGGGAGGACACCAUAACUGGAAAACCGCUGCUGCUUAACAUCGAAUAUAGGACUGCUGGAGUUCCAGCCAUUACAUUAGUUGAUCCAACUAGCAAAGAAGAUAUCGUGAAAGCCCUGGUGGCUGACGGUUUCCUUAUUUGCACUCAAGGAAGAGACCGUAAAUUGAAAGAUUUGCGCGAGGAAUACAGAAAAGCUGAAAAAGAAGCAAGAGACAACCACCGCAAUAUUUGGCAAUACGGAGACAUUACCGAUGACGAUGCCAAGGAAUUCGGUGUUGGACGUUAAACUGUUCGUUAAUACCUUAAAAAAACUUGGGGAGAAAGAUGGUAGAUGUGAUGGGACAAAUGCUAAGGUAUCAUUCUAUUGGAGAGGCAUAAUAGACAGCAUAAUAAAUACGUACGGCGACGAUUUACUAUGAUAGACUUUUUAAAAUUAUGGAAGCGUAAUAAUAGGUGGUAAUCUUCGAGCAGCGUAUUCCAUCGGUUAUCAUGUGAAUCUAUAGAAACGAAUAGAUCAGCGAAGAAAUAUGAAUUGUACAUAAUAAUUGAAAGAAAAUAAGAAAAAUGAAUGAUUUAAUAACAGCAAGGGUUAAGAUAGCAUGCGAGUUUACUAUCUAUCCUUUAUAAAACUCUUGUACCUUCCUACCCCCAUGAGACUGUCUCAUUGUAAAAUGUAUUUCUGUAUAUGCGAUCGAUUCUUGUUAUUAUUGUGCACGCAAUUUGCGUUUAUCCUUUGUUAAAGGAGCCCCUUUUACAGGUAGAAAAAUCAUGAAAUCAUCAAUUUAUUAAUUUGUAUAAAUAUGAAAUAUCACAUUUUUUAUAAUUCCGUUGAGUAGAGGUGCAAUUUGAAUCAAUGUCUCAUUGCAAAUAAACUUUUCCAAGUCUUAUUGUGCAUCAACAAUAUAUUUCACUUUUUACAAUCACGUGUAUUUAUUAAAGAUUAAAUACAGUGGCUGGAACAGCUGUUACUAUAAUGUAAGGAACAAAGUAAUGCUGACUUCAUUGUUUAAAAUUCUAUUUAACUCUAUUGCCUUUCUAGUAAUCUUUAUAAUUUUGUUAAAGAAAUCGCUUUGAAUAAAAUUAAUUGUUGCUUUUAAAUUAUAAAAUUUUAAAAGCAAUUAAACAAAUGUACCUUUGUAUUGGUAAAAUUAACUUACGAGUUUCAAUUUUUAGAAUAUUCUUUUAAUAAAGAAAGAAAAAACUAAAAUUUUUUAAAGAAAACUGAUUGAAUUUUUCCCGAUCACUAAUGCCAACUGUAAAGACGACACCAAAUAUUCAAAAAAAGAAAAAACGAAUUAUAUCUAAAACUACGUAUCUCACUGAUAUUCAGGGGGCUCGCUUGCGUAUCUAUAUUUUCGUAGAUUCAUAAAAUACAUGUCAUGCUUACGUUGUGAAAAAUAUGGGCUUAUCUCUUAAAAAUUUGAAUUAAAUUUCUUAAGAAAUUGUAUAUGAACAACCUACUAACUGGUUGCUACUUGUAAUCUUAAAUCCACUUUAGUAUUGUACAGAUAAUAUGGCAUAGAUAACUGUAAGAAAGAAAUUAGAUUUCGACUGUCAAAAUACAUAGUGAACCUGUUGAUAGGAAAAUCCAUUGAAUUUCAUAAAAAGAAACUUUAAAAUAAAAUCUCAAGUUGCAUAUGCUCAAGUGACUUAUGAAAUUCAGUGGAAACAUUUUCCAAUAUGUACACACAUUUGCAUAGUAUUAACUUUUACACAUUUACAAGAAGCAUACUCAAUGGCAUAGUGAUACCAGAACUGAUAAAAACUUCUUUUUCCAUUGAAGCUAAAAAGUAAAGUUGAAAAUAGAUAGAGUUGUCUAAAGCGAAAAAUGCAUAAGAAAAAUUUUAUAGCAAGAACAGUCGUCAUGUUGAGAAGGUAAUGUGUGCUAGGGGCCCAAAUACGAAUUACUAGAUAUAACAAUUACUUGCUCACGUUUUUGUGUUAUACUUUUUUAAAAUCAUGUUAACUAUACUUUUAUUCUAGUUAAAGAUGCAGUUAAACGUUUUAUUCCAUACAUUUUCCUCUUUCAACUUAAAUGCAUGCAUUUAAAGCAUUUUCUAUGUUGUAGCAUAUACUGUACUGCAUAUACGUCGGGCUGUUUUAUCUAUCAAAUUAUAAAAAAACUUACAAACAAUAGAUAUCUUACAAUAGAUAUCUAAAAGUACGAGACUUUAUUUAACGAAAUAUUAAAUUUAUUUACAUUCUGCAUUUAUGUUAUUUAAUUGAAUGAAUCAAUUACCUUCAAAGUAUUUAUUUGGAUAAAUGAUAACUUUUUUUAUAGUUGACAAAUACGUUAUAUUAUUGUAUUAUAUUCUAUGGGCUGAUUAAAAUUAGACCUUAAACUUAAUUAUAUUACAGCAUCAAAGAUUGAGGAAUGCAUAGUUACUGUGCACAAUUAAUGACAAUUAUAUAAUUGGUGGUUUAAAUUUAACAAAAAAUGCAGAAUCUCAAGUACGCUUUGAAAAAAUUCUUCAAAAGAAAAAAGUAAAAUACUACUUAUUAGUAGCACUAAACUGUAUACGACCUUAUACACAAAAGUAACUGAAUGUAUAAAAAAUACAUCGUGUUAUCGCGUUAUGGAUGAUUCACGAAAUUUUGUAAAAACAUUCGUGAACUAAUAUUGCCAGUAGCUGUAAAACACUGAAUAUAAACGUUGAUGCGGGGUUGGAUUAUACUAAUUGUUUCUCUAGAUAAAAGUUACAAUAUUAAUAACCAGGAACUGUUGCUACAUUAUAUUCUACACAUGCUUUUUUACGUUUAGCUAUUGCUAUUUCAAUUUUUAGCAGUACGGAAAGCAUAGCUUAUAUAUACUCUCAAAAUUCAAUUGUGUCAAGAUAAAAAAAAAAGAAUAAAUUAAUGGUAUGCUGAACAUGAAAUCUGGGUUGUAGAGGUCUACCACCAGUAUACCAGUAAAGUAAUCUGCAAGACAUUAUACGAAAAUUGUUAAAUAAAUUGUUUUAAAUCCAAA